AUUGGUAUUCCAUCAAUCUUCUCAAUUGGGCACUAGUGUGGUGUGUGGUUCCAACACAGUCCCAGUUCCCUUCCAGUCUUCCUUCUCGGAAUAUCCUAACAAGACCACUUCCUCACCCGUAUACAAACACACAACUCUCACCAAUCGAGCUGCCUGCGAUAGAAUUCCACGCCCCGACUGGUACCACCAGACACACUCGCUCACCUCACCACGCUCACUAUGGGCGGCUUCCUCGACCGCAUCUUCGAUACGUCGAGCAGUCACCGCGACCACCGCCAUGGCCUGACCGACGAGAUGUCCCGACUGCUGCCCACGCACCGAGAGGCCAACGUCUCGUCGGCGUUCCCCGCCAAGGCCGUCACCUUCGUCGCCCUCCGCCUCAAAUACCAGCUCGAGCAGGUCAUUCCCUGCGAACUGCCCGAAGAACGCAUCACCGCUCCGCACAGCGGUGUCAUCACGCCCGCCGUCAUCAAAACUGCCAAGUCCGCCGGCAAAGUCUCCGGCUCCGAAGAGGACUACGGAUCUGCCGUCGUGUACUGCCUGCUCAUCGUAAAGCAUUGGUUCAAGAGACAGGCGCUGCUCGAGCUGUGGGAUGCAGACCUCCAUGAACUGCGAGCGACUGCAUGCGAAAUGAUCGCUAAGCACAUCAUCGAAGACGAAGAUGACAAUGAAUACCUCAUGCAGGAGGUCCUGCUGAAACGCUACAGCAUUGUUGUCGAUGGGGAAGAUACGCACCCUGCGAAUGCGAUAGAAAAGGCCGUCGAUCUGCAUGCUGUGCGGGUGAUAGGGAGCUCGGGCUAUCAAAAAUGCAUUUCACAUCUAUGGCGGGGCUGGCUGGUGCAGGAUGAGGAGGAUCCGAGCAGGUUCACCGACUACAAGCUGAAGACGAGCACCAACUACUGGGACCAUUUCGAUCCAGAUCGCAUGCGAGUGCCACAGUAUCAGAACGGACUGCAGAUUUUCAUCUCGCUCGCUUUUCUUGCUCUCUACACUGGUGCCAUCAAUACCAUCAACGCGGGAGGUGAACUGGAUAUUGUGGAAGGCCUGCUCUACCUCUUCACCGCCGGCUUCAUCGCAGAUGAGCUCUCCAAGUUCCUCAAGAUUGGCCGCUUCUACUUUGGCUUCUGGAAUGUCUUCAACCUGACUCUGUACGCCCUACUCUUGGUGUCUUUCGUUCUUCGCAUGAUAGCCCUGGGCCAUCAAUGGAACUCACCUAGACGAUUCCAUCUCAACGAACUAUCCUACAACUUUCUCGCCUUCAGUGCGCCCAUGUUCUGGACGCGCAUGAUGCUCUACAUGGAUAGUUUCCGCUUCUUCGGCGCCAUGCUGGUCGUGCUGAAGGUCAUGAUGAGGGAAUCUCUCAUCUUCUUCGCCCUUCUCAUCGUGGUCCUGGCUGGUUUUUUCCAGGGCUUCAUUGGAAUGGAUCAAACCGACGGCAAUAUCACAGCCUCCAACUUCAUCACCAAGAUGAUGCUCAACGCCAUCAUGGGCUCACCCGAAUUCGACGAUUGGGACAACUUCGCUCCACCCUUUGGCAUUACCCUCUACUACAUUUACAACUUUGUCAUCAUUGUCAUCCUCCUCAAUAUUCUCAUCGCUCUCUACAAUAGCGCAUACGAGGACAUCACUGGAAACGCGACCGACGAGUACCUUGCCCUGUUUGCCCAAAAGACAAUGCAGUUUGUUCGAGCUCCUGAUGAGAAUGUGUUUAUUGCGCCUUUCAAUCUCAUCGAGAUCGUCUGCUUGAUCAUCCCCUUCGAAUGGUGGAUGCCGCGAGCAAAGUACGAGAAGUUGAACGACUACGUCAUGGGCGUCAUCUACUCGCCUCUCCUCCUGGUCACCGCAUUAUUGGAGACUCGAACCGCACGGAUUGUCAAGUUCAACCGAUCAAGGCAAGAGUCUGAUGAUGACACCAUCGAAGUGUGGGAGCAACUGGAACCCGAACUCGACGUGGAAGGCACGGGCUGGUCUAAGAGAGUGGACGAUACUUCUCCAAAUGUCGUUGUCGAUGGCACAUUGCUCGAAGUGAGGAAGCUGAUUGAUGAAGUCAAAGAGCUGAAGACUAUGCUCAGGGAACUCACACCUGCCCCAGAGAGUCGGCCGACGAAUGGAUCGCCUAGCACCGGGCAGGCGUCUUAGUAUGAUGCAUGUGAUCUACUGAAAAGUGGUUUCGAUCAGGAAUCGAUAGAUGCGCGAGUAGCUGCAACCGUGCCGGACAAGCCUACAAGGAGGGCAAGCACCGGUCCGAUACCUGUUAACAGGGGCUGGUGGAAGGGAGCUCCGAGCUCAACGUAUAAGCGAAACUGAAGGAGUGGUAGUGGAACGACGAGUUCGCAAGGAGUAAGAUCACCCGACCCCAAACCCAAGAAACCAAUGCGAGAAUUGCCUACGGAGGAAAUACCAUCUUCUCGGAUCACCGUUGUAUCUCUAUCAAUUGAUAUUCCUUCAGUUCAGGAGGAACUAAUGCAGCAGGAAAAAUUUGGGUAAUACAACUCCCACAUCCAAUCUGGAAUUCCGGCCCCAUUCACCGCCUAGAAGCUCAUGGAACGUGAAUGGGCCAGGAGGUGGAUAGUGUAGGCAUUCCAGAUUGAAUAUGGGAGUUGCAUUCCUGCAAGUUCUCCUGUUGCAUUAAUUGUGAUUCCUGUGAGUUUGCAAGGAUUGAGUGAGUCUAAUGUAGUAAGCUAAUCCCGAGGAUGACGAGUAAUGGUCUUGAAACUCGGUGGCGUUCGGGUCUGGUGGUGUUCGGGUCUAGAGGCUUAGCGGGCAGGUUCCCGUGCUGUCAAUAUGCAUAGAAUGAUACCAGUGAUGAUAAUGAUGAUAAUGAUUCAUUUGUGGAUUUAGUGUACAGCUUUUCAUAGCAGC